UGAUAAUUCAACCACAAAUCUGACAAAAGUCAAACCAAUUCAGACCUUAAUUCCUCGAAUCAGACAUUUUCAUGUUAUUUUCUUAGAAAAGAAAAAUAUUUUGUGAAUAGCCAUAGUUAUGCAAAAUGUGUGUAUUUAUUUUAGACAUUUUAUGAAGAUAAGCACACUGUACAGUACUCCUUUUGCAGUGUAUAGAAAAGAAGGGUACAUAAAGUUUUUUUUUUUUUUAUAAUGUCAUUAAGAUGCUGAAGCAUGUCUAAUAUCGAGCCAUGUUAGUAAUGUUAAGCUCCUAUGUCAUUUAGGAAUUAGUUAUAUAACAGGCCUGUUGUUGGUUUACCCUGUACUGUAAAUGAUCCUUUACUAUAUAUUAAGUAUCACCUAUGUUUUGUUAUGUAAAGGCAUUUGGGUUUAAAGGUAUUAAUGGUGUGUACAAGAGAACUGAUAGCGAAGCUAUGAAAGAGCGAUGGUUGAGGCUCCACCCCGAGAGUGCAGGUGCAGCCUGAGAGGCAUUAAAGCAGAGGCGCUCACUCCGCCGCUCAUUAACCCGCUUUCUGCGCUUUCUGAAGAUGUGUGCGCUCUACUGAAGUGUCUAUACACAGGUUUAGUGUUCAGCAGCAAGCAAGAUGAGUUGGGCAGCACUUUAUAGCCAACUAGGAGGAGUGAACAAACACUCCACUAGUCUGGGAAAGAUCUGGCUCUCAGUUCUUUUCAUUUUUCGCAUCACCAUCCUGGUGCUGGCCGCCGAAAGCGUCUGGGGAGAUGAGCAGUCAGACUUUACUUGCAACACACAGCAGCCAGGUUGCAAAAAUGUCUGCUAUGACCACUUCUUCCCAGUCUCUCACAUCCGUCUCUGGUGCCUACAGCUGAUCUUUGUUUCUACCCCGGCUCUAAUGGUGGCCAUGCACGUGGCGUAUCGCAGGCGUGGUGUCAGAAAAGAACUCAUUGCAUGCAAGGGUGACAAGGCAAAGGAGGAAGACCUGGAGGGUCUGAAGAAGAGACGAUUGCCCAUUACAGGCUCGUUGUGGUGGACCUACACUUGUAGCCUGUUUUUCAGGCUCCUCUUUGAAGCUGGCUUCAUGUACGCCCUCUACUUUGUUUACGAUGGCUUCCAGAUGCCACGUCUUGUCAAGUGUGAACAGUGGCCUUGUCCAAAUAAAGUUGACUGUUUUAUAUCGCGACCAACAGAGAAGACAGUUUUCACAAUUUUCAUGGUGGGAUCUUCAGCUUUGUGUAUUGUGCUCAAUGUAGCAGAGCUGGUCUAUCUGGUCAUUAAGGCAUUGAUGAGAUGCUUAUCUAGAACCAAGAGGAGGCAUUCAUAUGCCCACUCAUCAGACAUGUCUAAAGAUGUGGCUCUUUUGCAGAACAAAAAGAAUGAGGUGUUGCUUUCAUCAGUCUCUGAGUCAAUUAAUAGCAAAUCUGUAUAAGAUUUCCAGUGUUUUUCACAGGUUUAACUCGAUUUAUUUUUCCAUUGUAUGAACAGCGCAAAAAUUAAAGAACAUUAAUGCAAUUGUACUAUUUCUGUAAUAUUCCAGUUUGAUCUCUUGAGAAAAAGUAUUAGGCGUUUGGUGAUGAACGUUUAAACACCUUUAGUACUGGUUAAAGUGUGGCCUUGUUUUUAUUUACCUUUUUUGUUUACACACUUGUAUUCUCAUUUGGGGAAAAAUCAAUGACCCCUAGUGGUCACUAAAUACAUUACAUUUAACAUGCCGGCUUGGUUAUUCAGUGUGUAGAUUUAAUAUUGUCUAAAAAAAAAAAAAAAAAAAUUAUUGUCUAAUCAGACAGACAGCUUAAAAUGCUCUUAUACCAAUCCAGUCUUUUUUUGCAGGCAGCAUAACUUUUGUAGACCGAUUGGACGAUUUUGAGAGCAUUUUUUGCUUACAUUUUAACUUCAAAUGCAGUGUUUUUUGUUUUGUUUUUUGUAAUUUCCAUGCUUGGUUAGAUAUCAUUAUAUUGGCACCAAGUUAUAUCUUAUAUAACAUCAUGUUUUGUUUUAAUCUGCAUUGGUGCAGGUGAUGAAUGUGGGUUUUAUAUCUGCAUAAACAUUUAUGUAAAAGUUGUAAUAAGCUGAAAUAAUUUGCCAAUUGUAUUACAAGCUGCAUUUUUUUUUAUUGCAUACGAAAACAACAUUUGUUAAUAGUUGUAAGUUUUGCUGACCUUUUUACAACUUGCCUUAGUGAAUGAUUGUGUCUACAUACUGUAUUUUGUCAAAUGUUUUUCAAGCUUUUGUGCUUUCUUCUAACCACAACAACAGAGGCUCGCAGUGGACUGGAGGUUCCAGUAUGGCAAGGUACAUUAUCACAUCCCUGGUUUGUUUUCCCUUUUCUCAAAACACAUGAAAAGCCUUUCAUCAUUUGGAUUGAGUGUUUUUGGGUUCAGGGACAAUCCAAAGCUUUAGGCCAGUGGACCUUAAUGACUGUACAGAUAAAAACACUAUAAUGUGGAACUUGAACAUGUGACAGUUUUUGCCUUGUGUUGUACAAUUGCAUACAAACCAUUAUUAUAUUUUAUAUACAAGUGAGCAAGUCUGUGUAGCCUAUAAAAAAAUAUUAAAAAUUAUCAAAUUAUUAUAAAAAAAAUACUUGCAUGCUGGAUGUGUGAGUAUGAUGGGUUUUGUUUCUCACAGACCGAAAAAAAUUGAUUUUUAAAUAAUUAGCCUCACAUGGUUUGCAACAGUGACAGGCAGGUUUGGAGUAUGUGUGUGUAUGGAGCAUUAAUAUUAUAUAUAAUCCUCAGAAAUCAUAGUCAUAAAUUAUCAAUAAAUAAUAAUCAUAUGUACAACCAAAUAACCUGAAGACACUUUGUCUCGCGAGCGCAGAUAGAUUUAUUAUAACAUAAAGAGGUCUGUGAACAUGCCAGUGUUUGCCACAGUAUAUAUGUGUAUAUGAAUGUUUGCAGAAAUAAAUUCAAUUUCAUUCCGA